AACUCUUUGUAACUGAGGGUUCGCCACGAAUUUCGGGCGAUUUCUCCUCCCCUCCACAUGCCGCGAGUAUCUCUCCAGACAUUCAAUCUACAGUCCAAAUGAUACCCAAAAGAAAAAAAAAAAUGUACAGCUCAAAUGAUUUGUUGAUGGAGAGAUAUCAGAAGAAAACUAUGAAGAUGGUUUGACAGGGACUCUUUUCUUUUUUCUUCGUGUUCAUCACGACUCAUGUAAUUGAGCUUUUCACUCUUUCAGUUUUGGCUUAGAGAGAGAGAGAGAGAGAGAGAGAGAGAGACAGGGAGAGAGGGAUGCUGCAGAGAGCCGCAAACAAUGCGUGUUCCUGGUGGUAUGCAAGCCACAUCAGGACAAAACAGUCGAAAUGGCUCCAGCAAAGCCUUCAAGAUAUGGAGGAGAAGGUGAAGUACACGCUUAAACUCAUUGAAGAGGAUGGAGACUCCUUUGCCAAGAGGGCAGAGAUGUAUUACAGAAAGAGACCCGAACUCGUAAACUUUGUGGAAGAAACUUACCGGGCAUAUAGAGGCUUGGCUGAGAGGUAUGAUCAUAUAUCUGGAGAGCUGCAAAGUGCUAACAAAACCCUUGCAACUAUUUGUCCAGAGCAAUUUCAGUUUACAAUGGAUGAAGACGAUGAGGUUGUUCCUCUGAAAAUGUCCACCCAAUCCGUCAACCCCAUUACAGAUGUUCCUAAAGUCCCAAAACCAAAUACUCCAAAGAUUCCAAAGAAAGGAGCAAAGACCCUACCUACAUUACAUGGAAAGAAAUCCCAAUCCAAGAAGACAACUGAAGAGAAAUCACAUUCUAGUAGUGCUCGGACGAGCAAAGUUGAGGCACGUGAAGAGAUCGAUAGACUCCAAAAAGGAAUCUUGGCUCUACAAACUGAGAAGGAGUUCUUCAAGAGUUCAUAUGAGAGCAGUCUUGCUAAGUAUUGGGAAAUUGAGGACUGUAUGAUUGAAAUGCAAGACAAAGUUUGCAGCUUGCAAGAUGACUUCGGUGUUGAAACUGUUAUUGAGGAUGAUGAAGCUCGACAUCUCAUGGCUGUCACAGCUCUAAAAUCAUGCGAAGAAACCUUGAUUCAAUUGAAAAAGAAACACAAGCUAUCUGCUAAGGAGGCAAAGGUAGAAUAUCAACGAAUUAAGGAUGCCCGUACGAAAUUGAAGACCCUAAGAUGUGAACUUCUCCGCGAUCAGAUUGACCAGUCAGCACCUUCUUAUGAAAAGGAAUUAUUGGGUUCAAGUCGAAACCAGAAUUUAGAGCAAGUAGAUAGCAAUCUGAAGAAAGAGGAACUUGAAAUGGAGUCUACACGUGAUAAGGUCAGGGAACACUCUGUAAUAAACUCUGAUACAUCUCUCACAGUGUCAGAAAUGGUGGAGAAGAUUGAUGAAUUAGUUAAUGAAGUCAUGAACCUGGAAAUUGCAGUUUCACGUCAGACUGCUUUAAUGAAGAGAUUAAAGUUCGAAACUGAUGAACUUCAUGAACACCUUAGGAGCUUGGAAGAGGAUAAGGCCACUCUGAUUGAUGGAUCAAACAAGUUGGGAGACAGACUCAGAAAACUAGAUGCUGAGUUGAAAGAAAUACAGGAUCUUGAGAGGAAUCUGAAAGAUCAAAACAACAACCUCCAAAUGAAAUUUACUGAAGCACAUCGCAACCUCAAUCAUCUUUCUGAAAAUCUGCAUAAUGUGAAAUCUGAUGAAGAGGUUGAAACAACUAGUUCACUCCAAGAAGUAGAGAGUCCUGAUUUCCAAUCACCCAAAAGUUUCGAAGAAGAUCAGACCACUCUGAUUGACGGUUCAAACAAUUUGGGAGUAAGGGAAUUGGAUGCUGAGUUGGAAGUACAGGAUAGAAGGAUAGACAUGAAAGAGAAGGCAGAUGAGGUUCAGAAUCACAGUCAUCAAGAUGAAGAAGUAAUUCAACCCAAGAGAAACAAUAGUGUUGAUGAUAUUUCUGAAAAAAGUAAUGUCAAAAAAGAGCAGAGCACCGUUGAGAAGCAGGAAUCGUCCCAAGCAGAAGAUAACCUUAUAAAUGUUGAAUCAGAGGAAGAGGCCACUGAGCAGGAUGAUCUACUAGACUUGAAGGAAUUGCUCUUAAUUAGAUCGGAAGAUAGAGAACACGUUCUAUUGAAGGAGUACACUUCUGUUGUUCAAAAUUAUAAGGAAUUAAAGAGGAAACUAUCUGAAUUAGCGAGAAAAAACCGAGAUAGUCACUAUGAGACAAUGGUGCAACUGAGGGAACUAAAAAGUGCUAAUGCCAUGAAGGACGAGGAGAUUAAAUCUUUACGUCAGAAAAUUAGCUCUCUUCAGAGAAGUUCUGCUCAAAUUUCCAUUGUUGGUUCCAAAGAUUUUAAUAAUUCACAGCAAGAAAAACCCCAUGAUGGUAUGCAAGCAGGAGCCGACUUUGAGUCAACUAAUUUUCCGACAAUGCCUUCAGACAACCAGCCAGCAUCAGAUUUGUUAGAAGAUCUAAAUGUUGGAGCUGCAGAAAUGACCAACAAAUCCAUUGCAACCACAACCUCAGAAACUCAGCCUAAACAAGAAGGUUAUGAUGUUGAUGAAGAUAUCAAGGUUGUAUUAGUUGAUAAACCUCAAACUGUUUCAUCCAUUGAAGAGAAGUUCCGAAGGGCCAUUGAUGAUCUAUUGGAGGAAAACCUAGAUUUCUGGUUUAGAUUCUGCACAUCAUUCCAUCAGGUACAGAAAUUCCAGACCGAAAUCCAGGAUCUACAAGACGAGUUCUCAAAAUUGAAGGAAAACAAGAAUAAAGAGGGGAAUGCAGAGAAGUCUGUAAGAUCAGAUGCCCGACCAAUAUACAAACACCUAAGGGAAAUAUUAACUGAACUGACACUCUGGUUAGAACAGAAUACAUUGUUAAAAGAUGAAUUAAUGGACAGAUUCUCAUCUCUGUGCAAAAUACAAGAAGAAAUAUCAAGAAUGUCACAAGCAUGUUCUGGAAGUGAAGACCAGUUGAGCAAGUACCAGGCUGCCAAGUUCCAAGGAGAGGUUCUGAACAUGAAACAAGAGAAUAACAAAGUUGCACAUGAAUUACAAAGAGCUCUACUUCAUGUGAGACACUUACAGUCUGAAAUUGAGAAGACUUUAUUGAGUAUGAAUGAGGAAUUUGGCAAUCUACCCAAGAAAAAGAAUGAGGAAUUUGGCCAAUCAGGAUCAAAAAGCAAUCCCCUACAAAUGAAGCAUUCUUCAAGCAGCAAUCGCCCUAAAGUUCCUUUGCGCACUUUCAUUUUUGGUAGUAAGCCAAAAAAACCUAAGCCAUCAGCAAUAUUUGGAUGCGUGAGUCCAGCAAUGCAUAAACUGCAUCCUAACCCGAAACCUGGACGUCCUUUGUAAGUUGAUUCAAUUUGGGAUUCUUUCUAGCUCAUUUUAUUUUAUUAUUUCUAAGAGGAUAUAUAUUUCUUUUCUUGUUUCUUAUAGUUGGAAUAGUUCUAAAUAGAUAGAACUUGAGGAUGUGCUUUCUCAUUUUGUCCCUUCAUCUUUUAUCUGGGGAUUUUAAACGAGUCAAGGAAUCUUUUGAUCACAUUCCAUGUUAGUCUCCAUUUUCAAUUAAAAAUGUUCUC